ACAAAUAUACAGAUUUUAUUUUAACGAUAUUGAGAUCUUUCGAAGAACAGCGUAAAAUUCUCGAAGUAUUAACAUGACAGACUACGCACAAGAAUUCACCGAAAUGACGGAGGUCGCUAAGACUAUGAUACCGCUGAUGAGGGACAUGGAUGACAGAGGCAUCACCGAAAAGUGGAUAAAUCGAGCAAAGGCUCUGCAGAGCAGGGACGUGAACGUGUUGAAACACCGGAACAAUUUCAUGAAAUAUUUCAUGGGAGUCGUCAGGCGGACGAUUGCCGAGACCGGACAAUUUCCGACUUGCUGCAAUUGGGGAAAACCCGAGCCCGGACCUUUCGAUAAGCCAAUUCCUCCACCUAAACCUCUUCCAUAUCAAUGCCACUGGACGCCGGACAAACGGACCUACGUGGCCAUUCAACCGCUGCCAAACCGGGGUGCUAUGGUCUACAUGGCUGUGGCCGAAAAACCGGAACUCGGUUGGGAUUUCCCCAAAAAAGAAACGUCAUAGUGUUGGUUAUGUGCCUGUAAUAAACUAAUAUAAUAUACUAAAUGUGUUGUGUAUCUAAUACGUUGUAUGAGAAAUAAUAUUGUUAUUCCCAAACGGUUUAAAAUAUACGAUGUUUCUAUUUAUUUUUCCAUAAAGAAACUAAUUUUUUUCUAUAAAAAAGUACAAUAAUGAAAAGAAUUCAUCAGUUCCACCUGACCAAGACGUGUAUUGGAUAUUGGCAUUGGCGCGAAUAGGGGACUUAGUUCCCGCAUGUUUCUACCAAGUCCCCCCCAGUUUAAAAGUCAGUAAUUAGUACUGAGCAUAUUAUUAUAAUAUAAUGUCUAGAAAAUAUUAUAGAAUGGGGCUUUAGUCCACCCAAAAUAAUUUGGCUAUUGCGCCUAUGCAUAUUGGACUUAAGUCCAUUGUCCGUUCGUUAGAAUAGAUUAAUAACGUCGAUUGUCGUGAUUUGACUUAAUUGUUACAAACUAGGACAACUGCCGGACAAUAGUGCGUCACGUGAACAAAUUUACAAUCAAUUAAGAAAAAAAUCGCAAUGAUUUAAAAUCAUUCACAGUAUAAUUACUUACCUAUACAUGUAUUGUAAAUAGCUAAUUACAACAAUCUCUCUAACAAAAAAAAAAAAAAAAAUACUAUAAACAACUAAUGAUGGAAACAUUUUCGUAUAACAAAAUUUACUAUAAAAAAACUUAAAAAUAUUUAACGAAAUUGGUCUUGAUACAUUAUUGGCGAGAUUACUCAUUAGGUAUGUAUAGGUGAUUCGCAUAUAUAAAUGUAAUUGUGUUUCACUAUUACACAUAUCGGCAUGCACUGUUAUACCUUCCCAAUUUUAAUUUCUUCUCAUGACCUAUAUAAUUUAUCGAUUCAUUUUAUGUGAAAGCAUCAUAUAUUUUGAAGAAUAAACUAAUUAAUUGCAUAUGGCUUAACGUCGAUAUAAAUUAGUUUGCAUCCAAAAACCUCACACUUUUCAUUUCGACCCCAAUAAGGCCGAUAGACAAAAACCGCUGCACACUUUGUCGGUCACUUUUAUUCUGGGUUGCACAAACAAUUUAUUAAAUUUAAUGGUUCACUAAAAAUGUAAUGGA